AUGCUUAAUCAGAACAUUUACUACUUCUUUAUUCCUCUUGUAAUUAUUAUUUCCUCAAGCUUUAGCCAUGGAUGGCAGUUAAACCAACCAUUUACAGGCUCAUUCACAUAUUAUAAUGAUAAGGGAUACGGUGCUUGUGGCCAGUGGGUUAAUGCAGAAGCUGAAAUGCUGGUUGCUAUUAGCCAUACAGAAUGGAUCCCUAAUGGAAAUCCAAAUAAUGAUCCAAUUUGCCGUAAUAUCUGCCUUAAAGUCGAUUAUAACGGCAAAAGUAUCACAGUCCCCAUCAAAGACAAAUGCCCAAGUUGUGAUUCAACACACGCCGAUUUGUCUCAAGUUGCGUUUGCACAGCUUGAAAAUCUGGCUGUAGGGCAUGCUUAUAAUGCUGUUCUUACUUAUGUCCAAUGCUGA